GACGCUAAUCUCAAUCACUGAUUGGACAAACGUCCCACCUAAAGGAGCGAGUUCCGGCGUGCCAACAUUGAGGGGGUUUGAUUUAUCUCGCCCGGGCGCAGGUGUGUUUUGCACCGGCUGAAAGUUGAUUGUAUUCGAUUUGGAACCGACCUGGCGCCAGGUGCCCCGCUCUGUCCAACGGGGGUCGGCCCAAAAUAAAAUUAAUGUAAUUAUUAGGAUUCUGUUUCCCAUGCAAAAGUGAUUGUUAAAUCUAUCUUCCAAAUUAAAACGAGUUAAAUUGAAACAUUUAUUUUAUGGAAAAUGUUUCUGGACGUUGCACGAUUACUGUUCGAUUUGAGAAGGGCGCUCCUCCGGAUGCCGUGAUGGGUUUGUGCCUGGUUCAACACGGGCCAGCGUAAAGUAACCCCCCCCCAAUGGCCUAGCUAGUAGCUAACUAGCCUCGGGACUCGAAACUCACCCAAAUAUUAAGAACUUGAAAACAUCAGCCCUGGAUGUCAGGAGGUGCUGUCAUAUACAACAACCGUGUGCUAGAACACUGGACUGAGACGACCUGCAGUUGUCUGAGUGGCUUCCUCUUUCUGCGUGGCAUCAUGGGAAAGGAGGCGUGUCUACGAUAUACCUCUUCUACCUCGCUCCCUCCUCCUCUCUCCCUCCCUCUGAUGCCGGGGUUCAGUAGUGGGGGACUAGGUGGGGAGGUGGGUGGCCCCGCCGCCUCUCCUCCCUGCCCGUUCCGACCCAGUCGCUUCGUUCCCGUCUCUGCGGCAACCACUUUCCUGGUCGGCUCCACCACGCUCUUCUUCUGCUUCACGUGUCCGUGGUUGUCAGAGCAUGUCUCCUCCGUCAUUCCCAUCUAUAACGCUGUGGUCUUCCUCUUCACCCUCGCCAACUUCUGCAUGGCCACCUUUAUGGACCCAGGGGUCUUUCCCAGAGCGGAAGAGGAUGAGGAUAAAGAGGAUGAUUUCCGCGCUCCGCUCUAUAAAACGGUGGAAGUUAAGGGCAUUCAGGUCCGGAUGAAGUGGUGCUCCAGCUGCCGUUUCUACAGACCGCCCCGCUGUUCACACUGCUCUGUGUGUGACAACUGUGUGGAGGACUUUGACCACCACUGCCCGUGGGUGAACAACUGUAUCGGGCGCAGGAACUACCGUCACUUCUUCCUGUUCCUGUUGUCCCUGACGAUCCACAUCAUGGGAGUGUUUGGCUUCGGCCUGCUGUACAUCCUCCAGCACCAGCACCAGCUGGACAGUGUUCACUCCUCUGUCACUAUGGCUACGAUGUGUACCGCUGGUCUCUUCUUUAUCCCAGUAGCAGGUCUUACUGGUUUCCACAUGGUACUGGUAGCUCGGGGUAGGACCACUAACGAGCAGGUUACAGGGAAGUUUAGGGGUGGAGUUAACCCUUUCACCAAUGGCUGUCUUAGGAACGUCUCGCACGUGCUCUGUAGCUCUCAGGCUCCCAGGUACGUGGGGCGGUGGCGGGGGAAGCAGACAGUGGAGGUGCAUCCUCCCUUUCUCCGUCCUCCUCUCUCCGAGGCGCAGCUAGAGGCCAAAGUCCUGGACAACGGCAUCCAGAACGACCACCACAGCAGCCGGUCUAAGAGCAGUUUGGAGCAGAUGGAGAGCCAGUCAGCAGAUGCAGAGCCUCCACCUCCUCCCAAACCGGAGGUCCGCUACCCUGGCCUGCCCCGCGCAGACACAGAGGAAAGCAGCUUGCUGUCUGAAGGUCCGUCCACUCCCUCUAUGUACAAGUACCGGCCGGCCUAUAGCAGCCCACAGAGGAACCACACAGCUCUGACACACCCAAACAAGAUGAUUCGUGGGGACAGUCUGGACUCCCCCUCCAUUCUCCAGUCGAGUCGCCAGGCCAGCUAUCGGUCUGAGCCCAGCAGCCUGGAUGGGGGGUCGGUAAUUGGUUUGGCGGCACGUGGAGGGGAGAGGGGCGAAGGCCCCGGGGGGUCCAGUGGGACGGGUGGGGAGGUUGCGGGGGGUAUCUCCGGGUACUCCCUAGGGGGGCGGUCGUACACUUCUUACCCCUCCUCUCUGGUCCUGUCCACCGGUGGUUCUCACUCCUCCAGCAUGCGUUCUGCCCACACACACCAUAAUACUCUGGGCACGCUCCAAUCAGAGGGCACCACCGACACCAGCUACAAGAGCCUGGCCAAUCAGACACCUCAGAACGGCAGCCUGUCCUACGACAGCCUGCUGACGCCGUCCGAGAGCCCUGAGUUUGAGUCGGCCGCUCACGAGUUGUCUCCACAGAAGCCCCACGCCCCUGCAGCGUUUCCCCCGGCGAUGACCUCCUCGCCGCCCCCCGGGGUCAGGGACGUGCCCUUGCAGGGGUACACCUCACCCUUCCUCUCAGCACAGAUGGCCCAGCAGAGAGAGGGCCAGCUGCUCCAGGGCUCUGCCUCUUUCUCCUCCCCCAACAGGGCAUACCUCCGCGCCUUCAGCCCUCCCUCGCCGAAUCCCCCACACGCUGCCCACCCUGAGACACAGCACCACCUCCUCCACCAGGACUCCAGACACCCACACCUCCGUGCCACCUCCUCCAUUCGCCCCCUUCCUCCCGUCUCUGAACAGCCUUCCCCCUCCUCCCCACAUGCCUGUUCCCCAGACCCCCCUGUGUCUCCCCCGCUCAGAGGCCCCUCCCUAAGGAAGUCCCCCUCCUACACCGGGGAGGCAGGGCUCCAGCACAAGGCUCGGCCAAUGGGAGGAGGCAGUUUGUCGGGAGAGGGCGGAGUCAGAGUGACCCAGGCUCCACAAUCCACCUCUCGCCCAGGCUUGGCCAAUCACAGCACAUCCAAACCAGUGGGUGGGGUGAAGAAGGUGACUGGCGUUGGAGGGACCACCUAUGAGAUAUCGGUUUGAGUGACAGACAUCUGCCCCAGCCGAAGAUAGAAUGUUCCACUGGACAGAUUCCAAUGUUCUUACUCUGAGGAGACUUGGAGAUGGUUAUUCAAUCACAUGCACGCACACAAUGAAAGGACUAUCCUCUGCUCUUCGUCAAUAUGGAGUGGAUAGUGGAACAGAAGUGUUUGGCUCACUGGUACUUCAAUGACCUUAGUAUCUUUAUAAUGCCACUGGUCAUCUUUUCACUGCCGAUCUUUCUUUCGUAUUGGAUCGAAUGGCGACUGAAGUGAAACUCUGAAUGUUGACCAGUAAUGGAAUGGGACAACCUCUCCGCAGUCUGUGAGCCAUAGACUGUAUAACAUGAACGUUGUUAUGACAGCUGGGUACUAAACUCUUUAACGCAUAUAUACAAAGAUUAUUUAUUUCGGGAACGUUAGGACAUGGAGAAUUUAUACGAUAAAAUAUAAUCCUGGAAAGGAGGGCAUUUGAACCAAUCAGUAUGGAGCCUGAGAGGGCGCAUAUGGACUGUUGACCAAUUGUGGCGCUCAGUGGUUCGAGACUUCCUGUCCCAUUCAAAUGGAUGGACCAAUCACAAUGGAUCACCCAUGUAAUUAGUCUGCAGCGAAUAUUCAGACUGCAGAGAUGAUGCCUCAACCUCUGCAAACAGUUUAAUUUGAGUUUUAUAAAGAUUUUUUUUUAUAUUGUUUUUUAUAUAAAUGCCUAAAGAAUCUUUAAGAAUUAUUGGGUCAAUUGUUCAGAUGCUGGAGAUAGCGUUUUGGGGUUUGUGAAUGACUAUGAAUGUGAGUUAGACUAAUCGUUUGUUUUGAUUGAUGGCUGUAUCAGCCAGUCAUAGAGCUCGCUGCAAUUCUCAUCCAAAGAGAUUGGUGAUCGUAUAUAUGACGGCCAGCAGAAGAGGCCCGUCACUGAGGAUGUUGAAAGCCACAAAGAAAAUGUUUAUUCCGAAUCAUAAAUACAGUACACGCCUCUUUGAAUGUACACUAGAAAUGUUUAUUAUUGAUACAUUAUGCAAAUUCUCUCUUCGUAGCUUUUAAAUGAUUUGCCUGUCAUUUUGGUGUUCAAAAUGUUUUCUGUCAAUCAGUGCUAGAAAAACUUUAAGGAUGGUCAGCCAAACAUGUUAAGAGUGUGAGGGGUCAUGUUUAUUUUACCGGACAGAAAAACCUUUGAGUUCUGAACACAAUUCCAAACCAAUCUCUAUAUCCAGGAGUUGGAGGAAGUUGCCCCUACACAUUGAGGCCUUUUGCCCCUAAUUGUUAGGGCACUAAGGGAGUGUAAGCUGGUUCUAAAUCUAUUCCCAGAAGUGUAACUUCUACCCAGAGACCACAUCCCUAUCAUAGUGCCUUGUCCUUAGAUUCUAAUAUAAUUGGAAGAUUCCAACAAAUCAAAUUCUGGGGGGUGAUAUAAAUAUAGGUACUAUUUUUUUCUUUGUUUGUAUAUGUAUGACGUGUGUCUAGGAGGCGACAGAUGCCGGGGUUGGUUUGAAAUUGAGGACUGUUUUGAUCGUUUUUUGCCUUGAGACCGUUCGUAGUAAAACAAAGCGUUUAAAAAUAUAUAUUUUAAAGUAUUUCUUACAAAUAUUGUAUUUCAUAUUUUAAUUGGUUUUGUUGACAUUCUGGCCUCUUGAUUUCCUUAUCUGCUUUCUGUUGUUUAAAAAAAAAAAUCUUUAUGGUACAGUUAACAUUUUGCCCAUGAAUAGGUUUAGGAAGGCACAGUCAGAAACAGAAAGAUGUGUUUGUGUGUCAGGAGUGUGUGUGGUUGAGAGGAGGAGGUGGUAUGUUUAAUCCAAGCCCACUACAGAGUUGGAAUGUCAAAGCUAGCUGAAUGUAGCACGUUUUAUGUUCAGGGAAUUCUGAAGCACACAAACUAUCAACCAAUCACACAGCAGUGUGGCCACAGUCAGUGUUUGUAUGCACCCCCUCCCCAUGUGUACAGUAGGUGUGCAUGUGAUUCUGUGUGUUUGUGUGAGAAUAUCCUUGUCAAAUGCACACCUGGUUUAUAUGAGUACAAGCAGUCAGACAUACAGGGUUAGAGAGUCUUACUUUCUCCUGGUGGGGAAGGGGGCUUAGAACAACAGAAUAUAUGUGAGUAAAUAAGAAUGCUGCUAUUGUUGUGGGUUGUGCUGAAUGGAAAGUGUCAAAUAUUUCUGAUGAACAUGGAGAAGACAUUUCCAAAAUGGCCUUCAGAGUUUAAGGUGUCUUCUCAGAAUAAAAGGUCAAUCUGA